AUGAAGAGGCUCAUGUGUGGCCCUGGACACCGCUCUUCUGACAAGGCUCUUUACAUCUUGAUGGUUGCUGCUCGUCUUUUCCUCCUGGCAGAAGCACGUUACCUGCAUGGAGAAAGACUGGAUUUACCGGGAAGGAAUGAUAAGUACGUGUCUCUAGUCAACUUCAGCAUCCCUCAGCUAUGUCAGUUCACGGUAUGCAUUGACCUAAACCGGGCUGCAAAUGUCAGCUCUUGGGCAGCCUUUUCCUAUGACGCUAACAACACCUCCACCGACAUAAAUGACAUAGAGCUCGGACUCUCUGGAGAAGACAAGCAGUUGAGACUGUAUCUUUUCGGCACCAGACGAGACAUUGAGAUCGAUCUGGCCCUUUUUGUGUGGUAUAGCGUGUGCUUCUUGUGGGACACCAGGAAACAUCUGCUGGAGGUCUAUUGCAAUGGUAAUCUCGUGCACACCGAAAGCAUUGGCAGCGCUGAGUGCCUGAAACCCAAGGGUAGCCUGGUGCUGGGUCAUCUGCACAAAAGAAAAAAUGGCUUUAUUGUGCAGGUAAGCAGCAGCUUCAUUGGUAGCUUGUACUACUUCCAAAUGUGGGACCAUGUGAUGGGUCAGGAAGAGCUGCUGGAGUGCGCCAUGGGCAAUACUGUCAGCUGGAAGGAAGAGUACUGGAACUUCAGCAGCAUCACUCCCAUUGCGGACCGUCACCUGCACUGUGAAUUCAAGGAGUACCCCAUCAGUCAGCAUGUCUCCAUCAAGCGCAGAACCUGCUGA